AUGUCAACGCUGGAAUCGUCGUCUCGAGGGGGAUUUUCCCCGCUGGGUUCUAUGUUUCGCUCGAUGGAACCAGGUUCGUCUGAGUUUGAUGCUUUCAUUCACUCGGACCUGUGUGCGGGUUCCAGCGGAUCCCAGGACGUUGGCGGAAUGAACUCGUUUGCUUUUUUGCCCUAUGCGCCUCCCUCCUUGUCUAAGCAGGAUGAGUCCGCUGCUGUUCUGUCCUUAUGGCCAGGUGCCUCGGGGUCUACAGCAUCAUCCACUGCUUCUAUGAUGCCUGCUGAUCCACCGUCGUCGGGAGCUGCAUUGCGUAUGCCAGAGAGCUCGUUUUCACAGUCCUCGCUGUGGGCUUCAGCCUCCGCUUCAGGUACAGGCUCUCUAGGUCCUUCCUCUUGUGAAAGGAGCUCAGGCCUGGGAUCAGCCUCGGGUGCUGAAUCCACAUCACACGCGUCGGCGUCCUCGUCUUUGCCUAUCGACGCUCUCGCCACUCCUGCGCCACCGGUAGGCGGCAGUGCUCAUGUACCAAGGGAACAUCAUGACGAAUCACCUAUAUCGGCGAAUGUGUCACGGCAUCAGGACGGCAUGUCAUCCAUGUCGCCUGGUAGCAGCGCCUAUCCUCCUGGCCAAGGUGCAUACAUGAUGAGGCCAGGUGUUGCGCAGCAUGCAUCGGCCUCACGAUCCGCUUCGGUUAGCGCUGAAGCCAGUCCAGCACUCAGGGCAGCACCAGCUUCCACAUCAGCACCUACAUCGGCGUCAGCAGUUGCAUCGUCUAUUCCAGGUAUACCCUCGACCGCGCGCUCGCUGGAUUUACCCAUCAAGGGUGAAGAUGAUGUUGGGACCUCUCCCUCUCCCUCAACCUCUUCCAUAACCACAGCCAAAACCACCAACACAGCACCUCUCAGUGCAUCCACUACGGCUUCGACCGUGCUCGCGGGGCUAAUGGGUGAAGGAAAAUGCAUGCCCUUGCAUGCACCUACGAGCAAUGGUUCCUCCUGGUUUCAUGGGAUGGAACAGAAUAAUGCUGUGCUUUCGGGGCCUCCGCCCACGAAGCGAUCACGAUCGUCCGAGUCGCCAGAGCGAAAGACGCGCUCGGUCAGUGCUAUGGAUCCUGGCUCGAUGGAUCCCACGCGAGCGCGUGUGCUGCCGCCGCCGCGCCGCUCUGCCUCUACGGGGGCUCGGCGUCCGCCGCCGUCUGCGUCGCAAGUGACAGAGUCAGGGCUACCGUUCCCUGUGAUCGACACAUCGGCGAAGCAUUCUAGUCUGUUUGUGCCGCCUGAUACGUCGGGCCUCACGAAAAAAGAAGCACGACUUGUCAAAAACCGUGCCGCUGCCUUUCUCUCGCGCCAACGGAAGCGAGAGCAGUUUGACGAACUUGCGUCCAAGUGCCGCUCGCUCGCGCGUCUUUCUUGGCUGCUGUGGGAUGCGUUGGGUCAUGCGACGAUGGAGCCCGCGUCGCGGAUGGCUAUGAUGGCAACGCAUGGUGGGAUAGAGCAGGUGAUCCAAACGACGUUGCUGCGUGACAAACUCAAGUAUGAAUCAGAGGAUGUAUGGACGACGCUACAGCAGGUAGUGCAGCAACAUGGUUCCAUGAUUGUCGAAGGCAUCAUGGGUGACGACGUACCACCACUCAAGACAAGGACUAAUGAAAUGGUGGCUCAGUUGGCUGCCACGCAGAAAGAGUGCGACGAGCUACGCGCAGAGGUACAGCGUCUUCAGAGUGGGGCCAUGGCGACAACGCCGGCGCAGGCAUUUUCAUCCGGUGACAUCAAGGCACUGCCAGGCUCGCAGAUGCGGGCGUCUCCGAUCCAGUCGGCAACAACACAGAUACCCGGACAAGGACCAGGCAGCCUUGUGUCGAUGCCGACGAGCGGCGCCUCUCCUGCGGCUGAAUCACUCGUGCAGCUUGUGGGGCGAGCCCUCAUCCAGCUUCGCCAUGCAACGCCGGACUGCGAUGCGCAUGAACUCUUGCCUCGUGACGAUGGUUCACUCCAGUUGCGGAUGAGCGUAUCGCCGACAAGCGAUGUGUUGUUGUGCACACUGGCGUCAGAGUCGGGCGGGACAGACUCAUCUGUGCAUGCUGACGAGUUGGAUGACAAGCAAUGGCGUUGUUCUACACCCAUCGAGUCCAGUGAGGCGGCAUCUGUGCCGUCGCUCAGCACCAGCACGUCCCCGUCACUGUCAUCGCUGUCGUCUGGGAGUGCAUUUUCUCGUCGGCAUCGGCAUGUCAUUGCUUAUUACACAGGCACAGAGCGCUCAGCUUCGUUUAUGCACGAACUUCAUGCGCUUGACCUGAAUGAAUGGGUGUCGCAGUACGGUACGGCUUUGGGUGGGGGCCAGCCUGACCAUAUAUCCCGUGCAGUCCAAGACUUGCACACACGCCUCCUGCAGCGUCGUUUGGGCGUGCAGCCAGGUUGUUUCUUAGCUGCAUCCUACGAACACGAUGCGGGCAAAAAUUCACCUUGCAGGUUGACGUUGUAUGCGAAGUGUGUGGCGACACCGGAGUCUAUGGAGACGCACGCCCACUUUGUAUCGGCUGUGCGCGACACUCUGGGCGCGCUGCAUCAUGAACCUACGCAGACAUCAUAG